AUGAAUUAUUUUAAACGAAACUAUUUAACUUCUUUUGAUGUUGCACGUGCGCGUGAUGAACAAAUUCUGUUCGUGGAAGACAAUGUUACAAUUGCCAAUGAAUCGCAAUCUACUGCAGAUAAUAGUACGAUAUCGAAUAGUGAUCUAGAUGAUCCGCAUGAUAUACAAAAUGAUGAUCUAGAUGAUUCACAUAAUAUUAAAAAUGAUGAAAUUCACACAUGUUGUAAUGCAUGCCGUAGAGAGAGAGACAGAGUACAAGAUAAAAUAUUUAGAAAAUUGAAUCUGCUUAUCAACUUCAUUGCAAAUCCGGAAACAAACCAAAUAGUCGUAACAAAUGAAGCAAAUUUAUUACCAGAAUUUCCAUUAGCAACAAGAAAAUCAUUUUUAGAUAUGGAGAAAGAUUUACAAACAGAAAAAAUCCGGAAACAAUUUAAUAGUAAAAUUGCGAGAAUUGGAGGAAAUUCUUUUAGUGGGAAAACAAGAAACAUAUUAAAAUUUGUUUUGGUAGACACAUUGUGUCAAAAAUUAUCAUGGACAGGACGAAAUGAGUCUCUGGGAAUAAAGGAUACAGUAUUUGCCAAUAUUAUUAUAGAAUAUGUGUCUAAUGCAGAGCAAUGUAGUUUGCACGAAGUACAAAAAGUGAUUCAAGAGUGGUUACGGCAUGCUGGAGAUCGAGUUAAAUAUUCCCAAAAAACUUGCAAAUAAACACAAACA